UCAAAACAAAGGAAGACGGUCCUUUAACUGCAGAGGAAGCAGGAAGCUGCUGGCCCUGCUCUAAGUCCAGCUGCUAGAGCUUGUGGACAGCGGGAUGGAGUCUGUGGCCCUGUACAGUUUCCAGGCCACGGAGAGCGAUGAGCUGGCCUUCAACAAGGGGGACACACUCAAGAUCCUGAACAUGGAAGACGACCAGAACUGGUACAAGGCGGAGCUCCGGGGUGCCGAGGGUUUCAUUCCCAAGAACUACAUCCGUGUCAAGCCCCACCCGUGGUACUCGGGCAGGAUUUCCAGGCAGCUGGCAGAAGAGAUUCUGAUGCAGCGGAACCAUCUGGGAGCCUUCCUGAUCCGGGAGAGUGAGAGCUCCCCUGGGGAAUUCUCCAUCUCUGUGAACUAUGGGGACCAGGUGCAGCACUUCAAGGUGCUGCGGGAGGCCUCGGGGAAGUACUUCUUGUGGGAAGAGAAGUUCAACUCCCUAAACGAGCUGGUUGACUUCUACCGAACGACCACUAUUGCCAAGAGGCGGCAGAUCUUCCUGCGGGAUGAGGAGCCCCUUCUCAAGUCACCCCGGGCCUGCUUUGCCCAGGCCCAGUUUGACUUCUCAGCCCAGGACCCUUCACAGCUCAGCUUCCGUCGCGGUGACAUCAUUGAGGUCCUGGAGCGCCCAGACCCCCACUGGUGGAGGGGUCAGUACGGUGGGCGUGUUGGCUUCUUCCCGCGGAGCUACGUCCAGCCGGUGCAUCUGUGACCUUGCAAGUUGCAGGCAGAGCCAGCAGCCCCUUCAGUCAAGAGGCCUUUUUACAGGAACUGAGGUCCAGAGAGAGGAAGUGGACACCCUGCCUCCAGGUCCACAGGGCUCAGCGGGAAGCCUUGCACUGAAGCACUGAACU